ACAGAUGGCAAAUUCAAGCUUCCUCAUGGAGGAGGAUGUGGACCUCGGGUUAGACUGUGGGAUUAGCACAAAGGCCAACUUGGAGCUAACUCUGGCAGAACAUGUGAUUGUAGAUUCCGAUGAAUGCCUAGAAAAGCAAGUCUUGGAUUUGUUUGUGACUGCAGGAUGGACAGAGUUUCUGUCUGCUGGUAAGGAGCAAAGAGAGGGGGGUCCAGGAGGAGAUGGAAAGAGACAAGCGGAGGGAGAGGAGAUCCGUGCUGAUAGAGUUUUAGUGGAGACUGGAGCGAAUGAACAAAUGGUGGAAGAAAAGACAGAUAAUCGGACUGAGGAAGAGAUGGAUGAAGAUCUGUUUACACGUUUGGAUCCUAAAGACGAGUGUGGAUGUCGUCAUGUUCGGAUUUCUCUUGAAGAGGUGGAGAGAUUCUACAAAUUUUCCUGUCGUUGCCACUGGCUCUGUGAUGAGAUCAUGCAGCUGGACUCCAAUCCCCCCCGCGCUACUGACAUCACGCCUGAUCUCAGAAAACAGUUUGCCUUCCUUUCAGGCGGUAGAGGAGAUAAUGGCAGUCCCAUCAUUGUGUUUCCAGAGUUUCCUGCAUUUGGGGAAAUCACGGACAGAGAGUUUCACAACGUCCUAACCUAUCUAACAAGUGUGCCUAGCUUGUCAUCAACGGACGUAGGUUUCAUCCUGGUCAUCGAUCGCAGGCUGGACCGAUGGGCGGCUGUCAAGGGGACUCUGCUUCGUAUUGCAGGCUCCUUCCCCGGGAAUCUCCAGCUGGUCCUGGUUCUGCGGCCCACCACCCUGCUGCAGAGGACGCUCUCAGACAUCCUCUUCAAGUUCAACAAGGAUGAGUUCAAGAUGAAGGUGCCGGUGAUCAUGCUGAGCUCCGUGAGCGAGCUGCACUCCUACAUCGACCGCACCCAGCUGACGCGGGAACUCGGAGGAACGCAGGACUACUGCCAUGAGAAGUGGAUCUCACAUCGAACUGCCAUUGAGGGAUUUGCACUGAUGGUGAAGAGAACAGCGCAGACCCUGCAGUCAUUUGGGACGGAGCUGGCAGAAACUGAACUCCCAAAUGAAAUUAAGACAACAACCAUCCUGCUUAGCACACACACCAGCAAGAGGGACAAAAUGAAGGAGGACGUACUGGUUGCUCUGGAUCAAGGCAGCAGGCUGCUGGAGAGCAUCAAUGAACCUGUAAAAAGAGACCCUGACCACAACAUGAACCAGGACGAACUGGAAAACCUAGCAACAGUACAAAGACUGCUGUCUCAGCUGGACGAGACAGAAAGGGCUUUUGAGGAGUUCUGGGUGAGGCAUCAGACCAAACUGGAGCAGUGUUUGCAGCUGCGACACUUUGAGCACAACUACAGAGAGGUCAGAGGUUUGCUGGACAGCCUGUCGGAGAAGCUGGUAACCUUCUCCGAGGUUGGGAUCAGCCCCGCUCACGCUGACCACAUCUUCUGUGAGCUCACCUCCUUUGAAGAGCGAGUCUGUGAAGUUCUGGACAGAGCCUCGGCGCUGUCUCAUGAGGGCGACGAGCUCAUCCAGAAGUCCCACUACGCCGAGGACUCCAUUCAGCCCAAAUGCAGCGAGCUGAGAGCCGUCAGCGAGAGCCUGAGCUGCAACCUCAGGACCAAGAAGGACUACCUGCUGAAAGCCAUGGAGCUGCACCAUCGGCUGGAGAGGGCAUCUAAGUGGGUCGACGAUGGCAUCUAUCUGCUGGCCUCUCAGCCAGUAGACAAGUGCCAGUCCCAUGAGGGGGCCGAGCUGGCCUUGCAGGAGUUGGAGCGUUACCUAGACAACGCUGGUCAGAAUCAACUGACUGACCUCUGCGCCAUCUGGAAGGAGUACGAGGAAGUGCUGAACCAGCAGUUCAGGGAGCAAGUGGAGAAAGUUUACCAAAAGCAAGCGUCCAUGCAGGAGAUGUUUGACAAGCGGAAGAUCAGCCUCAAGAAGCUAGCAGCCAAACAAACCAGGCCAGUGCAGCCAGUGGCUCCGAGACCAGAAGCCUUCAUCAAGUCACCACUCAGCUCUCCUGCGCACAAAGCACAGCUGGAGAAAAAUUGGGAGUCCAACCUCAGCUGUGAAAAAAGAAACAGCCAACUGCAGAACGAAGGCGGUGGCAGCAGACACGCGUCGCAGUCGGAGGAGGAGGAGAACCUGGCGGUGCUCCGGCGGCAUGUAAUGAACGAGCUGCUGGAAACCGAGAGGGCCUAUGUGGAGGAGCUACUCUGUGUGCUGCAGGGUUAUGCCUCUGAGAUGGAGAAUCCAACCAUGUCUCACCUCAUCCCAGCGCCUUUGCAGAACAAAAAGGAGGUUCUGUUUGGUAACAUGCCAGAGAUUUACCAUUUUCACAAACGAACCUUUCUGAGGGAGUUGGAGCUUUACACACACUGCCCAGAGUUAGUGGGAAGAUGCUUUUUGGAGAGGAUGACUGACCUGCAGAUCUACGAGAAGUACUGUCACAAUAAACCUCGGUCUGAGAGCCUCUGGAGGCAGUGUUCAGACUGCGCCUUCUUCCAGGAAUGUCAGAAGAAGCUUGAACAUAAGCUGGGUUUAGAUUCAUAUCUGCUGAAGCCAGUUCAGAGAAUAACCAAAUAUCAGCUGCUGCUGAAAGAAAUGCUUAAGUACAGUAAGGGCUGCGACGGAGCGGAUGACCUGCAGGAGGCGCUGACCUCCAUUGUGGGCAUCCUCAAGGCUGUCAACGACUCCAUGCAUCUCAUCGCCAUCACAGGAUUUGAGGGUAAUAUGAGCGAACUAGGAAAGCUCCUCAUGCAGGGCUCAUUCAGCGUUUGGACUGAGCACAAAAAAGGUCACGCCAAAGUUAAAGACCUGGCUCGUUUCAAGCCCAUGCAGAGACACCUGUUCCUCCACGAGAAGGCUCUCCUCUUCUGCAAGAGGAGGGAGGAGAACGGGGAGGGCUACGAGAAGGCUCCUUCAUACAGCUUCAAACAGUCACUUAGUAUGAAUGCAGUGGGGUUCACUGAGAAUGCAAAGGGAGACAACAAGAAGUUUGAAAUCUGGUCCAGCUCCAGAGAAGAGGUUUAUAUUGUUCAGGCACCGACUGCUGAAGUAAAAACCACAUGGGUGAAUGAGAUCCGGAAGGUUCUCACAACCCAGCUGGAGGCCUGCAGAGAGGCCAGCCAGCAGAGGGCACCAGACCAAGUGUUUCAGUUUCCCCCGGUGCCAACCGGCACAGUGAGUCUCAGUCCUUUUAAGACGAGUCAGAAGGUUAAAAAGGGAGAGGAGAAGAAGGCUGAGCCAUGCAGCCCUGAUGUCACCUCUACUUGUUCACCAAAGCUCACAGUGAAAGACGAAGCAGUGACAAGCCCGACCUCAGACAGAGCUGCUGUGGCUAAAAAGCGUUUUACUUUACAGGGCUUCAGUAACCUCAAAACUCAGAAAGGAUCCCCCACCAGCCCAGACCACAACACCAAACGGCAGAGUGAUCCCACGCCUUUUGGCUUCAAAGGUCCUCCUCCCCUUCACCUGACCAGGGCCAGGUGGUUCAGCACCUCUAGUCUCUUACAGACAAAGUGGAGAGGAUGGAAUAAGACCUCCCUAUCAUUGGACGAACACGACGGCUACUCCAGCGCCGAGGAGCCUCUUAACUCUGAUCCAGAAGACGAAAACCACAAGAAGCUGUGUGCUGGGAAAUACACAGUAGUGGAAGACUACGAGAACGAAGCUGCAGAAGAGCUUUCAGUGAAGAGUGGAGACAUGGUGCAGCUGGUGAAGGAGGGGGACGACGGACAGUGGUUUGUGCGCAACCUUAACACAUCUAAGGAGAGCUGGAUGGCUGCUGCUGAUCUCUUGACCCUCAUGGAGAAGUCCAAGUCUUGUCAGUCUCUCAGCAGCUCAGAAGGCAGCGGGAACCUCAGCACAUCCUCCAGCUGCAGUGAGACCUAAACAAACUCAUCAGACGCCAAACCCUGAACUGCUCUGCACUUCUCCGGUCAAGGAACUUGCCCUCCUGAAUGCAAGCAUCACAUGGCUGCAUCUGUGCUGUAAAGCCAACAUCAGUACUCCUGGAUUUUGCACAAAACGUUGUAUGUUUGUUAUUGUUUUUAUUAAUGCCCUGUGGUCUCAUAAUGUUAUCAUUAUGCUGUUGAGGUGUAAACAUUAGAGAAAUAACUCCACUGUGUGUAGUAAAGUGAUCUGGCAACAGACAUUUUUCUGAUCAGUUUUAGAUGUAUGAGUGGACCAGCAGGACUGAGAUCUGUUAAUGCAUCUUUUUAUCACUUCGCAAGCAAGGAAAGGUUACAAAAAAUAUAUUUCUUCACGUUCAUCAGCUCCAAGACAUGGUUUUAAAAAGGGGGCAACAAAUACAUUCAUGCAGCUUGUUUAGGUUGUGUGUUUCUCUUUUGUCAGCUCAGUAUUUAUUUAAAUGUAAGACACACCCAUUUGUAUUCAUGAAUUCCCCUGUAUUGCCACCUGUCUGCUGUUUGUUUAGUGUCAGCCUGUCUGUAGAAACCAGUUCUGAUGUCCAAACUUUGUGGAUUUUCUUCUAUUUGUGAAUUUCAUUAAUGCAACAACUGUUUCUCAGUGUAAAAACCCAGAGACCACUGUACUAACUUAUUCCCUGUGUAGGGGAUCAUUUUCUGAAUGUAGAUAAUAUGUAAUAAUAACUAUCUGUCAUGAGAUAUUUGUUAAUGAAAAUGCUAUAUUGUACACUAAGUACGGUGACGUCACUACCUGGUGACUUGUCUAAUUUUUUUUACAUAAACAAAUUGUUACAAACCA